UCAAGUUAUUACUCAACACGCUUUUAAUUAAAUGUGUUUUCAUUACAGCGUGGGGUAUACUGGAAAUGCAGGCUGCAGUAAACACGUGAUCGUGACUUCCAUACAAUAGAUAGUGUGUCACCUCUGGCUGGCCAAUCAAACACAUUCUUGCCUCUCAAAAGCAGCACAGUAACCUUCAUUUUACACGAGAAUCUCACCACAAUGGUGUCUUCAGUGUUUGCCUUCAGUCUUCUGUGCUUGUUCUUGGGAAAAAUGGUUCAGAUGACAGAGACACAAAUGUUCUCAUCUGUUCAUCCAGAGUCUCGCUUCAUAUCAGCUCAAGUUGGUGGAAACCUGACAUUAAAAUGUUUCCAUGAUGGUGACAGGUCUGCAAGACUUUACUGGUUUAAGCAAAAUCUGGGACAAAAACCAAAGAUCAUCUCUCACUUUUUCAAAUAUAAUGUGAACAACUCUUCUAAUGAAGAGCUCAAGAACAACCCACGCUUCACUCUGGAUACACAAGAUGGCAAAUAUCACUUGACAAUCACAGAUUUGCAAAUUUCAGACUCAGCUUCGUACUACUGUGUUUACUAUUUAUACACUUUAACCUUUUUAGAGAACAUCAUCAUUAGUGUAAAAGGUUCAGGUGUGAACAUCAAAGCUGUGGUGCAGCAGUCAGCAUCUGAGACCAUCCAGCCAGGAGGCUCCGUGACUCUGAACUGUACAGUACACACUGGGACCUGUGAUGGAGAGCACAGUGUUUACUGGUUCAAAGACUCAGACGAAUCCCAUCCUGGACUCAUUUACACACAUUUGGGCAGAAACGAUCAGUGUGAUAACAAACCCAGCACACAAACACACACCUGUGUCUACAGCUUGCCAAUGAGCAACCUGAGUGUUUCUCAUGCUGGGACCUACUACUGUGCUGUUACCUCUUGUGGACGCAUCCUAUUUGGAAAUGGGACCAAGCUGGAGCCUAAAGGCAUGUUUAAUUCUCAUGGCUUGGUGUAUUUCUUGAGCGGAGCUUUGAUAUUCAGCUCCAUCCUCAGUGUUUUACUGGGAUACUUGCUGUACAAGACAAACAAAAGAAACAGGCACCAAUCGACAGAAUCUCAAGCAAGAUUUUACGGUCCCGCAACAACAAGUUCAGAGGGUUACCAGCAUGCUGACAGCCUUCAUUAUGCUGCUUUAAGCAUUAAAAUCCCCAAGAGAUCAAGAACACAGAGAAACAGCACCGAGAAUGAAUGUGUUUACUCGGCUAUAAACAAAUAAAAGAUGGAUAUUUGCAAAUGAGGUGGCCAACUUUCUUUAUCUAUUAGAGAAAUGCUGUAUUGGUGUCUCUUAGCAUAGACAUUUUCGUACUUUCAUUGUGUUAAAAUUGUAAUGAUACAAAUUUAGGAACUUCUGCCCUCUGUUUGUUGUUUUUGUGAUGUCAAGGAUUCCCCCUUUCUUUCUUGCUCUUUCAUUCUUUUUUUUCUAUGUACCAAUACAUUUGAAGGAGAUAUUUAGUGAUACUUUUCUACAAGUUUAAUAUAUGAAACAAUGUGCUUGUUUUAUCCUUACUGGUUUUCAUGUAGUUAUGAAGACAUUAUGGACAAAUUCACUGAUGAUCAAAUAAAUCUA